UGAGACCGUCCGCCGCCCGCACAGGCCACUAGACUUCGCCGCUCGUCCGCCUUCGCCAACCCACACCGCCUCCUGCUCGCCAUGGAUGACGAUAUUGCUGCGCUAGUGGUCGACAACGGCUCCGGCAUGUGCAAAGCCGGCUUCGCUGGGGACGAUGCCCUCAGGGCAGUCUUCCCCUCCAUCGUGGGGCGCCCCCGGCACCAGGGUGUGAUGGUGGGCAUGGGCCAGGACUCCUAUGUGGGUGAUGAGGCCCAGAGCAAGAGAGGCACCCUGACCCUGAAGUACCCCUUUGAGCACGGCAUCAUCACCAACUGGGACAACAUAGAGAACAUCUGGCAUCACACUUUCUACAACGAGCUGCGUGUGGCCCCCGAGGAGCACCCUGUCCUGCUCACCGAGGCCCCUCUGAACCCUAAGGCCAACCGUGAGAAGAUGACCCAGAUCAUGUUCGAGACCUUCAACACCCCCGCCAUGUACGUGGCCAUCCAGGCCGUGCUGUCUCUAUACGCUUCUGGCCGUACCACUGGCAUCGUGAUGGACUCCAGAGACGGGAUCACCCACACGGUGCCCAUCUACGAGGGCUACGCCCUCCCCCACGCCAUCCUGCGUCUGGACCUGGCUGGCCGGGACCUGACAAACUACCUCAUGAAGAUCCUCACCGAGCGUGGGUACAGCUUCACCACCACAGCCGAGCGGGAAAUCGUGCGUGACAUCAAGGAGAAGCUGUGCUACGUCGCCCUGGACUUCGAGCAAGAGAUGGCCACCGCAGCCUCCAGCUCCUCCCUGGAGAAGAGCUACGAGCUGCCCGACGGGCAGGUCAUCACCAUCGGCAACGAGCGCUUCCCCUGCCCAGAGGCCCUCUUCCAGCCCUCCUUCCUGGGCAUGGAAUCCUGUGGCAUCCAUGAAACUACCUUUAACUCCAUCAUGAAGUGUGACGUCGACAUCCGUAAGGACCUGUACGCCAACACGGUGCUGUCUGGUGGAACCACCAUGUACCCAGGCAUCGCCGACAGGAUGCAGAAGGAGAUCACUGCUUUGGCUCCCAGCACGAUGAAGAUCAAGAUCAUCGCGCCCCCUGAGCGCAAGUACUCUGUGUGGAUCGGCGGCUCCAUCCUGGUCUCGCUGUCCACCUUCCAGCAGAUGUGUAUCAGCAAGCAGGAGUAUGAGGAGUCCGGCCCCUCCAUCAUCCACCACAAAUGCUUCUAGGCGGACUGUUACUUAGUUGGUUACACCCUUUCUUGA